AUGGAGCCACCUUCAUGGGACAUGGGAGUAGACCUUCUAUCAGCCACAGAGGCGGAAGAUUUCGCUGUGACCCACGGCAUUGACCUGACAGCAUCGCGAAUAGAGGCCCUGAAUGCCAUCACAAGAGUUGUCAGCGCCAUGCCAUUUCACAACCUGCACCUUCUGGCUGCAACUCCUGCUGAUCGUAAACCACCAAAUGGACAGGAGGUCAAGGCAGCCAUGUUGAAAGGACAGGGCGGCUUGUGCUUUGUGAAGCAACCCUUUGCUGCUCACUUGUUGAAGGCGCUGGGCUAUGUGGUCGAAGUUGUGCCAGGUUCCGUGACUCAUCCUGGCAACCACAUCGUCAUUGUGGUCCACGAUGUCCAGGAAAAGGGUGACCGAUAUUUGGUCGAAGUUGGCUGCGGCUAUCCAUCUCGCAGUGCUGUUCGAAUCAGUGGCAGCGACCACGAAGGUUUUGAGUCCGUCUUCAAUGACUCUCUUUCCUUGAAUUCCGCUAUGUGA